AUAGAAAAACAAUGCAAGGGAGAUAGACAAUGAUGAUGAUGAUGAUGAUGAUGAUGAUAAUGCUGUUGAUGACGAUGGGAGGUCAUUGCGAUGAGGUCAGAGGCGUGACCUUACCUUUCUGUGACCUCAUGAGCUUUGAAGGUCAUGAGGUCACCUGUAGAUGUUCCCCCCCCAAGAUCUCUACUCCCUCCUCUCCCUCUUUGGUCAUCUCCACAAAUCUCCAGCGCCUAACUGUGGAGAACUGCAAGGAGGUGGACAUCUCCCGGACACUCACCUCCCUCCCUCACCUCCUCUCCCUCACUCUCACAGGCGUGGGAGAGAUAAAAGCUUCAAAAACUGGAGAAAUUAAGAGGACAUUAAAUCUACUUAAGUUACUCAUUGAAAAAUCGAGCAUUCCCGUUUUCUCUGGUGAUCUCUUCAAUGGUAGGCUCCAGCAGAACGCAUCCAUCACAAUUCUUAACAGUAAAAUCAAUAUUAUUACCUCCCAUGCGUUCUCAGGCGUCCCUAGCUUAUACAGACUACAGAUAAAGGACUCAUACAUAGGAUACAUACAGCGAAACGCAUUUGGGACCGGUGGAUUGAGAGUGGACAAGGUGGAAAUGAGUAGGUGUGUGGUUGGCGAGAUUGAGAGUGUGGGAGUGUGGAUCGGGUGGACCGGGUUACUGCAUAUUGACUAUAGCAAGAUCAACAGGUUAGCACAGGGAGGCAUCAGGGUCAACCAGGCUUACUAUUUAUACGUCACUCGCUCCACCCUGCUUCAGUACCACCCUGGCGGCAUCAGAGGCAGGGUGCUGGAAGGGGCUGUGCUUGAUUUGAAUGUUAUUGACCCUGUCGCUAAUUUACAAUAUGUUUUUAACCCUGCCACUGGUCCUAACUUCUUGUCACCCUUGUCUGAUCAUUCUACAGCCUCAUCCUUUCAGUUUUCCCCUGCCAAACACCCUGCCAGCUCACACAUCCAUACUCCAUCCCCUGCUAACCUUGCUUUUGCUUAUAACUCACCCCUGCAACCUCUUUCUACCCCUACACCACUUCAGUACCCUGCCAAUACCUCUGUCAUUCACUCUAAGCAUUACCAGUCCCCUGCCACGAAUUCUGACCCUGUUUCACCCCUGCCAGGUAUUUCUACACCUUCCCCGUUCCUCCCUAACCCUGCCAACCCUGUAUUUGACUCUGCCACUUCGGUAUUUCACUCCCCUUCACCCCUGCCAAGUGUUCCCACCUCUGCACCCGUCUCAUUCCUCCCUGUCGAGAUCCCAGCCUCCCCUGCCACACCCUACACGCCUCCUCCGUCCCCUGUCACCCCUGCUUACUCCCCUACCGGUUAUCCACCUUCUCUCACCUCUGUCUCUGCUUCUGUCACACCCUUCACCCCUGUUCCACACUCCACAGCUCCCUACAUCACCCCUGCCCCUUCCCUUCUCACCACCCCUGCUAGAUCACCCCUGCCAGCGUUCUCUAACCUUGAAAAUAAAAAACAUGCAUCUUAUAAUACUGUUAAAAAUAACCCGUUUUCUGUCGUAGGUGGUGGUUUGUACGAUAGAAAACAGGUUUCUAGUGUGUUUCCUGGUCAUUCUUAUCGCUAUGUUAGAGAACUUAGAGAACAGUUGGUUUCUUAUCCAUCUGGGACAUACUUUGAUCCGUCUACCCAUCUGUAUGUUAGAGACCAUUACGAGAACGAGGUUUCUAAUGCUGCUGUUUCGUUGUAUGAUAGAGAACAGGAAGAGAACAUUAGUUUUCUCUUUUCUAGUCACCCUGAUGCCACGUUUUCACAAAGAAGAAACCAUUUAGGCUGUGGAAAUACAAACAGGUUUCAUGAGAGGGAAAGAAUGGUUUCUAGCGCAUACAGUGACUUGUACGGUAGAGAACAACAUGAUGGAGUGGUUUCUAGUGUACAUGGAGACACAGAGGCGAGAGAGCACGGUAUCAAUGUGGUUUCUAGUGAGCACAAUGGUUUAUAUCAAGGAAAACAAUAUGGUAACAGCGAAACUACCUCUAGAAACCACGCAUAUAGUGACUUCUACGCUAGAGAACAUGAUGGAGUGGUUUCUAGUGCACAGAGAGACACAGAGGCGAGAAAACACGGUAUCAAUGUGGUUUCUAGUGAACGCAGUGGUUUUAUGAAGGAGAGCAAGAAGAUAACAGCAAAACCACUUUGUACAGCAGAGAACAUGGAGAGUUUUCUAGUGCACGGAGAGACACAGAGGCGAGAAAACACGGUAUCAAUGUGGUUUCUAGUGAACGCAGUGGUUUUUAUGAAGGAGAGCAAGAAGAUAACAGUGAUAACAGCAAAAGAAGCUUCAGAAACCACCACGGCCGGCCUUUCUUCGACGUGACAGCUUACCCGCGGAGAAGUGACGAAGGUGCUGGUGAAGAUCAAGUCACCUCAACAUCUCCCUUCAUUCACCUCACCUCUAACACAUUCACCACCCUCCCACGAGCCUCGCCUCUGCUCAUCACUCACGCUGGUGUU